GGGGGGUGCGUCAGAAUGGUGCUGUUGGUUGGGAACACACACGUUAGUUCAGGCGCUGCUGUCUCGUGGCCCUAAAGGAGCGGGAGUUUCACGACGUCUUCGCCGGUAUCACUGGGAAAAAUGCAGUUACACACAAGCAACUGUUCAAUGAUUGUCUACUCAAGAUAAACAAGGAGUUGGAUUUUGUCCAAUUUGAGCUACGAGCAUGCAUGGACCAAUAUGAUGGAAAUAUUUAUUAUGGAAUUGUUAAUAAUGUUUCUGAUGAGCAAUCCAAGCUUGGGACAAAGUACUCUGUUCCACAGAUUGUGUUCUAUAAGGCUAUUAUAGAAGCAAUUGUUUUGAAUGGAAUGAAUCAAGGAUAUAUAACCAGCAUUGAAGCCCUAAAUAUUCGCCUUGAAAAUCAGGUCCAGGAUGGACAGGCUCCACAGGACAGCCAAUCCCGCAUUCCUGUGGCAUUUAAGAGUUUCACGAUUUCUCAAAAGGAAAAAACUCUCGGUGAACUCAUACGGGACCAGUGGCUGUCCUCUACUUCAGAUGGUAAAAUUGGACUUGGAGUCCGUUCUUUUCUUGAUUUGCGUAGCUGGUUUCUCAAUAAUGAGGUUGUGCCAUGCCAUGUCUGCAAUGAAGCUGCUAUAAAGGUCUGAACUCCUGUAAUUUCGAAUUU